GAUAAGUAAGAAAAACAAUAAUCUUAUUUAUUGCGAAGAAGCUUGGUUAGUUGAAAAAGAUAUUUAUUUAUGAUAAUUUUAUUUUUUAAGUGAAUAUGAUCCAGAAGUUAUUGUUAAAGUGAUUGAUAGUCUUCGACUUUUACAUUAUGAUGAUAAUGUACUUGUACAAAACAAACUAUACCUUUCGAAAUCUCGACUUGUUGAUGAAAAUGUACGUUGUAUGUCGGAGAGUAUCAAUAAUAUGAAUAUUCAUAUUAUUGAUAUGCUUGAUUCAGAUAAUAAUGGAGUUCGUACAGUGGCAAUUCAAUUUAUUGAAAUGUUUGCACUUGUUUUAUCACGACUUAAUUUACCACCGACAUUGGUCGAUUCUCAAGUUAGUAGUGUUCGAAAAAUAAAUAAAUUAAAAUUAUUAAGUCUUCUCAAACAUCCUGCUUCAUUCGAUUUUCAACCACAAAUUACAAGAUUAUUAACUGAUCUUGGUGCUACACAAGCUGAAGUUUCUUCUAUCAAUGUUGUUAUUACCGGAAAAAAUGCCUGUAUCAUUUCUCAAGCAACUUAUACACCAAUUGCAGCAGCUGGUACACUAGCACAAAUUGAACAUUUAACACGAUUACUUGGUGCACAAUUAACAGCAGUUGGUUAUGGAAAAGGUUAUGAAUUAAUGAGAUCUGAACAAUAUGUUAAACCACCAAUUGAUGAUGAUAUUGAAGCAGGAAAACCAAUAUAA